AUGAUAAGCAAAGCUGUUCUCAUCCACUACAAUGGUGAAUGGGUGCACAAAAAAGGUAAUGAUGACUACAAAGGUAUGACACAUCUUGCGGGGGUACCUGAUAAGUACACUUUUGAGGAUGUGAAGAAGAGAGCAAUGGAUGUUUUAGGUUUCACAUGUGGAGUCCCAAGAUUUUACACAAUCAAAUAUGGAGAAGAAGUAAAAGUAGAUAUUCCUCCCGUGACUCCCAAAACAACUACUGGAGAUUACAGCGGAUCCAAGAUGCUUCCCCACACUCCCUUGACCCCUCUUAACAGUAUCACGUCGUGUUCCAGUGAGGAUUAUCAGUCCAAGAAUGAAACCAUCAAGGGAGAUGGUGGUGUUAAAGCGAGUACUAGUGGUCCAAAGGAUAGGAGAUGUCUUGAACCAGUAAUCACUCCAUCAGCCAAGAAACUUCGAUGUCUUCAUGAUGCGACAACAACUCCAGCGCCGGUUCUGGAUAUUCCUAAACCCCCGAAGGAUAUGAAGUACAAUGAUCUAUGUGUGGGUAACACUUUCAAAAGCAAGGGGGAGAUGAAACUUAUACUUGCAAUAGCCAAAGUAGAAAGAAAUUUUGAGUACAAAGCUUUUAAAUCCGACAGCCAGAGGUUUAUUUCCAAAUGCAAAGACAAGACAUGCGAGUGGCGUCUGCGAGCAGUUCCCUUAGAUUCUUGUGGGUGGUGGAAACUCACAGUUGCAAACGAUGUGUAUACUUGUGAAAGCAACAAAAGGACUGACCCUGAAUUAAGAACCAAAGCGGCCGCUACUGGAAUUGCAGAGCUUUUCAAGCACAAAUUCAAAGAACUAGAUGUGGCAUUUACGUCCAAACAACUGGUUAAGGACAUAAAAAGGGAUUAUGGAGUGGUUAUGAAUUACCGGCAGGGAUACAACGCUUGCAAGCGUGGUAUUGAGAUGAUCAAAGGUGGCCCUGAUGAAUCGUACCAACACCUCGUUGGUUAUAGUCACAUGCUUGGUGCUCGUAACAAGGGUAUUGUUACCGAGAUUGUAACUGAUUCAGAUGAUUCUUUUCUAUAUUAUUUCUUUGCUUUUGGAGUAUGUAUUGAAGGAUUCAAAAACUGUUUCAGACCCGCAGUUGCGGUUGAUGGUACACAUCUUACAGGGCCACGCCAAGGAGUUCUACUGUCAGCCGUUGGAAUGGAUCCCGACGAGUCGAUCUAUCCUAUUGCUUUUGCUGUUGUUGAUUCAGAGAAUAAUGAAUCUUGGGAAUGGUUUAUGAGAAAGUUAGUCGGAGUACUUGGCGAUAAGUAUGCUAUGAAUGAAGAUGUUGUUGUGGCAACAGACAUGCACCCAUCGAUCGGUAGAGCCAUAAGACCUACCAUAGCGUCUUCGGUGGUAUUUACAAGAGCUACAAAAGAGUUUAGCAAUGAUGAGUAUGAACUUGCUAUGAGAUACCUAGGUUUAGUGAGCCCCGCUGCUUUAAAAUCUGUAGUGGAUCUUGGACCGGAAAUGUGGGCCAGGGUGAAGGCUAGAACAGGUCGUUUUACUCUCAUGACUACAAACGCCUUUGAAACUUUCAAUUCAAGAAUAUCUGAUGUUAAAGGUCUUCCAAUCUGCCAUUUAGUCGAUUACAUUCGCAGGUUCCUUAUGGAAUGGUUCUGCGAACGUAGACAACUAGCUCGUGAUCAGCAAGAUCCUUUGAGUCAACAUGCACGGGAUAUAAUCAAAGAACGGUGGGCUAUGACAAAAAGGUUUGUGGCUUGCCAUGUCAAUGGGGACGAAUAUGAAGUGGACGAGGGUGACUAUGAAGAGCAGCACACCGUCUAUCUUGACCGAAGGUCUUGCACGUGCAAAGUGUUUGACUAUCAGCAUCUUCCGUGUCCCCACGUACUUACAAUGUGUGAGACAUAUAAGAUAAAAGAAGAAGGCCUUUGUGGGGAAUAUUAUAAAACAUCGGUUUGGAGAUCUAUGUAUGAACCUAAAAUCUAUGGUGUGCUGAGCCCAGAAACUUGGGAUGUCCCAGCGGAGGUGGCAGAACGGGUGGUGCUUCCUCCAAAAACUACACCAGAAGUUGGUCAUCGGAGCAUCAAGAGGAAAAGGUCUGUCAUUGAAAAACCUAGAAAGAAAAGAGCUUGUUCAAGGUGUCACCAGACAGGGAAUUAUGCUAACAGCAAACGUUGUCCCAAGGCUUAG